AAACUAAACGUACUAGUCCAGAGUGCAACUCCUCCACGCAGCGAAAGGAUUGUAUUUCCCUUGUGAGCUCUAUGAAAUAUUUGACCAAAAAUAUUUAAGAAGUGCACUGUAUUUUUACAUUUCAUCCGUCAUUUUUUCUUCUUGUUUUGGAUAAAAUAUUUUUUUUAUCUAUAUUGGAUACCUGGUGCUGUCUGCUAUACUUCCAUAGCAGACGAAGAAAGAUCCCGUAGAAUGGCUAAUUUGUUAUUAACGUGUGUUAUCGCGUUGAUAUCAACACACUUGGUCGAGUCGUCCGGUGUGUUUGAGUUGAAAGUACACAAGUUCAGCAGCACACGCACUGUCUGUAAACGGUCUAGUGACUGUCAGAUAUUUUUCCGAGUCUGCCUUAAACAUUCCCAAGAUGUAAUCUCCCCUGAGCCACCGUGCACCUACGGGAAAGGGCUGACCGACAUUUUCAGUGCGGACGAGAGCUCCAUCUCCAGUAGCGCACCUAUCAGAGUGCCCUUCCAUUUCAAGUGGCCGGGUACGUUCUCCCUCAUAAUAGAAGCCUGGAACGCGGAGUCCUCCGACGGCCAGUCCACAGAAAACCAGAAUAACUUGAUCAGCCGUUUGGCCACUCGUCGAAGACUAGCCAUUGGUGAGGAUUGGUCACAGGAUGUGCACUUUGGAGAACAAAGUGAACUGCGUUAUUCCUACCACGUGGUCUGCGAUGAGUACUACCACGGAGACAGCUGCUCAGACUACUGCCGUCCCCGCGAUGACCCUUUCGGACAUUAUACCUGUGAUGCUGCGGGCAGCCGGAUGUGCAUGUCAGGUUGGAAGGGAGAAUACUGUGCCAAACCCAUCUGCUCGUCUGGCUGCAGUGAGAAGCACGGUUAUUGUGAGGCUCCCGGCGAGUGCAAGUGCCGCCUGGGGUGGCAGGGGCCCCUCUGCGACGAGUGUGUCCGCUACCCGGGUUGCCUGCAUGGCACCUGCGGGGAGCCGUGGCAGUGCAACUGUAAGGAAGGUUGGGGCGGGCUGUUUUGCAACCAGGACCUCAAUUACUGCACCAACCACAAGCCCUGCAUGAACGAUGCCCCCUGCACCAACACCGGUCAGGGCAGCUACACCUGUACCUGCCGGUCAGGUUUCAGUGGAAACAACUGUGAGAUCGAGACCAACGAGUGUGACAGCAACCCCUGCAAGAAUGGAGGAAGCUGCAAUGAUCAGGAGAAUGACUACACCUGCACCUGCCCCCAAGGCUUCUAUGGAAAGAACUGUGAGGUCAGUGCCAUGACCUGCGCCGACGGGCCCUGCUUCAGCGGCGGCACCUGCACAGAGAAGGCGACCGGCGGCUACUCCUGCCGCUGCCCGGCUGGCUAUAUGGGCUCCAACUGCGAGAAGAAGAUUGACCGCUGCAGUAACAGCCCCUGUGCUAACGAUGGCCAGUGUCUGGAUCUAGGUCACAGCCUGAUGUGCCGCUGUCGCCCUGGCUUCAACGGGCUGCGCUGUGAGGUCAAUGUGGACGACUGCGCCCGGAACCCCUGCCGCAACGCCGGCACCUGCGUGGACGGCGUCAACGGCUUCACCUGCACUUGCACCCUGGGCUACACCGGCAAGGACUGUGGCGUCCGCGCCGAUGCCUGCUCCGUCUUCCCCUGCCAGAACGGGGGUACCUGCUACACCCACUUCACCGGGCCCGUGUGCCAGUGCCCAAACGGUUUCAUGGGCCCCCGGUGCGAGUUCAGCCUAAGGACCACGCCAGUGCCAAAACCCAACCAGGGCGGCUUCACCCUGGCCCUGGCCGUGACCAUCACCCUGGGCCUGGUCACCCUGACCCUAGUGGUGUGCGCCGCCAUCGUGGCCCUUCGCCGGAUGAGGCGCGACCGGAAAGCGCUGUCAUCGUCAGUUCGCAAUGACCUGGAGACGGUCAACAACUGGUCUGUCGUAGGUUCCGCGGCGCUGUCCGGCUUUCGGGAGAAGGAGGCCUUCCUCAUCCCGGGAGGCCAUUAUAAAGUGUCCAAUAAGGACGCGGCACUGACUUCAGCCCCCGAGGACAAACACGCAGACAAGUCGGUGUACAAGCAGAAGAUGGCUGACUACAACUUGGUCACGGUGGAGGAGCAUCACGCCAACAACAAAUUUGACCUAAAAAUGUCUGACGGCAGCAGACUGGGUCCACCAAUGAGCUUCCCGAAAGACAACUUGUACCACCCUGUCUUUAUCAUCCAGACGGAACAGCAAACUGAACAACAUGUCUUUGCUACUGAGGUUUAACUACAGUAUCCUGUCAGGAAUACAGUGACCUACAAGGGCUUUGCCUGAACAUGUUUACAAUUGUUCAAAGACAAUUCAAAGAACUAAAGAGGAUUUAUUAUAUCUAAAUACUUAAUAUUAUUUAAUAUUUAUUCAUGCUGCUCAUUAAAAAUGAACCUCUGCUCGAUAUUGCCAGUGUUUGGACACUAUGCGAAAAGUGUGGGCUGGAGGGAUGAAAGAAUGCUCUGGCAUCAUUUGCACUACAUUUUUUUUCAAAUCUAAAAUACAUUUUGUGUUAAGAAUUAACAAAAAGAAAACGUCCCGUGCCAGAGGGCCAAGGAUUCCCCAAUCACAGAGAGGCUGGACCUUUUCGACCUUUUGAUGCCUUAUUGAAAAGAAAAUGACAUCUCAAACAAUCUAAAGUGGCCUUUUUUGCAAUCCGUCAAUAAGCUGUCACUGCAAUCCACUUGAGAAUCAAAAGUAACGGCAAAGACAUUUUGGUGACACCUUUGGAUUGGACCCUUGUUUUUAAUGCAGGAACCAGUUUUGAAGCUAUCGAAGAUCUGAGGAUGAGGUUUUGCCAAAAUGGAUAACUGAGUUUGAAUUGGCCAGUUGUCAUGUCACAAAGGCACACUGGACCCUGUACUGGAAUCCUCUUGCCUUUGGAUACAAAUCACCAAUGUGCCCUAUCGUUCAGAGAAUGAUCAUGUUCUUAUGAACCUCAAUCAAGUGCCUGAUCUUUAAAUCUUUAAAUUAUGACAAAUGGUACUGAUCAUACACACUAAAAAUGUGUAUUGUUUUCUUUGUUUUUUACGUACACAUUUUUAAAGUCUAUUUCAGAGUAUAAAGUAACUCUCUUUUUAGCCAGUUGUAUGUCAUAGUACAAUUGUACAGUUAAAAUGUAUCGAUGCCUUUCAGUGCUUUUUCUGACAUUCCCUUGAUUUGAAUUAUACUUAUUGUACAUGACUGCUUCCCUAAUGAAAAGAUAUUAAUCCUGAAAAAACACAUUGUUCUUUUACAGUGAAGGCCUCCAUAAUUAUGAUUUCCUUUAAUUCUUUUUCAUUUGAAACCAAAUAGAUUUUAUAUGUUGUAUCUUUGUCCUCUUUAAUUUAACAAUGCAAUCUGUACAUAACCAUAAGAUAUUCUUUCUAUUUAAUUUUUCUGUACAUAAUUUGUAUUUAUGAAGAGAAUUGUAUAUAUGUCUAAGUCAAAAAUAUAUAUUUUUCAUAAAUAAACCUGAAAA